AUGCUUCCUAACCUUCGAAGAAUUUUUGCUUCCUUCCGAACAGAGAAGGAGGAACGCUCAUACUCCAGAACUGCUUUUUUCCAUCUAAUUGGUUAUAUCUCUUUCAGUGUCAUCUUCAGUUUAUUAGUUAGAAGGAAAUCGCCUACUUUGUCCAUUGCUCCUUCUUUCAGCGCCCUUUAA